GGAGCAGCAUUGCUGAGUUCGCUCCUCUGAGCUUUUUAUAUUAAUAUAAUUAUAAAAACGGUCGAAAUACAAUUUCUCCCCUCGGUCUCCUAACCAGAGACGAUGGGGAACGAAGGGAGCAUCGAGGGAGGCGGACAACCCGGGGAACCGGGCUCAAUCUCUAUGGCGGGAGCGCCUGGUUCCAUUUCAGCACCACUGGGCUCUGGACAGCACAUCAAGCCCGCCAAUGGUGCUGCUGCCGGUGGAGGAAUGGGUGGCGGACCGGGGAUGAAUAGGGUUCCUAUUGGGAGUCCUAAACCUGGGAUGCAGGCUGGCUAUGGAGGGAUGGCUGGAGGAAUGGGUGGAGGAGGAGGUCAGAGACUGGCCAACCAAGAAAGCCACAGGCCGAUGCAGCAGUCUAGCCCAGGCCCUGUCCAUGGCUCAGGCCCAGGCCACGGGGGUCAUGGGCCAGGGAUGGGUGCUGGGAUGGGUGGUGGUCCCGGUCAGCGUGGCCAGAGCCCCGGUCAGCCCGGUCAGCACGCCUCCAGACGGAACCUCCAGGUGGACUUCAGCGGUUCGGGGGGCCGGUCGGGUCGCUCCUCCUCGAUGUCUCCGGACCGGGGGAUCACCCCCACCUCACCCUACUCGGUUCCCCAGAUCGCCCCCAUGCCCGUCAGCAAGCUGUGCCCACUAUGCUCCACCACGGAGCUAACCAAUCCACCGGCCCUGCCAAACUACGACACCUGCACACAGUGCCGCUCCACCGUCUGCAACCAGUGUGGCUUCAACCCCAACCCCCACCUCACAGAGGUCCAGGAGUGGCUCUGUCUCAACUGCCAGAUGCAGAGGGCGUUGGGCAUUGACAUGACCACCCCACGAUCCAAGAGCCAGCAGCAGAUCCACUCUCCAUCCCAUCAAGCCAAACCCUUAGUCCAGCCAUCACCUGUUCAUCAGGCAGCCCAGCUAAAAUCCCUUCCCCAGGCCCAGGUACGGCCCCCACUUCAGUCUUUACCCCACUCCCAACCCCAGGCCCAACCCUAUGGUCAAACUCAGCCCCAGGCCCAGCCCUACGGUCAAUCCCAGCCCCAGUCCUUUGGCCAAACUCAGCCCCAGCCCUAUGGUCAAUCCCUGCCUCAGCAACAGCCCUACAGCCAAACUCAGCCCCAACCCUAUGGUCAAUCCCAGCCCUAUGGCCAGUCCCAGCAACAGCUCUAUGGUCAAUCCCAGCCCCAACAACAGCCCUACGGCCAAAGCCAGCCCCAGCGACAGCCCUUUGGUCAAACCCAGCCUCAAACCAACCCCCAGGCUCAGCAUCAGCCACAGCCCUCCCCUGGCCUACAGAGACACCCUGUCGCCGGCUCAGCCUCACUGCCCGGGUCUUCGACAAGCUCUCCCCAGCACAUCCCAUAUGGCCAGAGAGGGUCUGGAGGUCCCGGCCAGCCCCGGAUACCCCACCCUGGGGCAGUCCCCCUGGUGGGCAUGGCCAAGGCUCCCUCCCAGCCAGACCUGGGCCGAGGUUCCCCGAUGCACCAGGGUGGCCGCCAGGCUGCCAGCGCUGGCUCCUCCCCCGCCCAUCGGCCCUCCGCCCCCCAGGGACAGCCUCCCCAGGACGGCCUGACCAAACUGUUUGGCUUUGGGGCGUCGCUCCUCAACCAGGCGGCCAGCACCCUGGCAUCUGUUGACCCCCUCUCAGGGCCACCGUCCUCCCAGCCCUCCCCUGCCAGGGGUGGACCUGCCAAUAAACAACAAGGACCUCCUGGUGCCAAACCUUUCCAGACAGUUGGCCCGCAUGCACCCCAAAUGGGUGGACCCCAUGCACCCCAAAUGAGUGGACCCCAUGCGCCCCAAAUGGGUGGCCCCCAUGCACCAACUCAGAAAGGGCCCCAACAGCAGCAGUCGCCUGCGCAUCAUCACAAGGGUCCACAGCAGCAGCAAGGGUCUCCCCUCAAACAGCAGCAGCAGCCGAUGGCCAGACAGGAGCCUGUUCCCAAGCCUGUGGAGCCUGAGAAGCCCAAAGUCAACUGCCCCCUGUGUAAGACGGAGCUCAACAUCGGCAGCACAGCCGAGCCACCCAACUACAGCUCCUGCACCCAGUGCCACACCCAAGUGUGCAACCUGUGCGGAUUCAACCCCGCGCCUCACCUGGAGAAGAAGGAGUGGCUCUGUCUGAACUGUCAGACCCAGCGGCUGAUGUCCGGUGGACUCGGAGACCCUUCUCCUGUUCCUCAUCUGUCUCCAAAGCACCAACCAAUGGGAUCUCCACGCCACCAGGCACCAGCCAGUCAGCAGCCAGCUCAGAAGCCGCCCUUCCAGAAAUCAACCAAUCAGCAGCAGCAAGGGCCGAGACCGAUGCAGCAGCAGAAGCCACAGACAGGCCUGGGGAGCGGACCUUUCGCAGUGAAGCAACCUGGGGACACAAAGGCACCUGUCCAGCCCACACCUGCCAACGAGCCCCCAAAACAACCGAAGGCCACGGAAGAGACUAUGCCAAAGUCAGAGGAGGUGGUGGAACCCGUCAUAGACACCAAAUUAACUCAGAAGAAGGGAGAGCCAAUCCUAAAAGACCUAAAGAAGUCAAGACAUUAUGACGAGACCAAGAACAGCACUCAAGACCUGUCACGGAGCCCCCAGAGCCUGAGCGACACGGGCUACUCCUCAGACGGCAUCUCCAGCUCCCACAGUGAGAUCACCGGCCUCAUCCAGGAGGAGGAGAUGAAGCUGAGCGAGAGGGGCAUCAGCGGACGUGGCAGCCCCCCCAGCCCUUCCGAGAUCACCAAGCUGGAGAGCUCCAUGAGGCCCCUGCUGGAGUCCAAGACCCUGCCGGCCGAGGAGAGGGAGCGCGAACGGGGCCGGGGCAGGCACCACGGAGAGCAGAGGCCCCGGUCGCUGUCCAUCACCCCCGAGGCCUAUGACUCUGAUGAGGAGCUGGAGGACAUUGUGGAGGAGGAAGAGGACGGAGGGGAGAGGGAGUCCAAACGGGAGCACAAGAGCAGUGCCGCUCCCAAGGACGAGAAGAAAGUGGCUGAGCCGGAGCCAAUGACAGAUGAGGAGUUCAUGAGGAGGCAGAUCAUGGAGAUGAGCGCAGACGAGGACAACGAAGAAGAGGAGGACAUGGAGGAGGAGGACGAGGAGGACGAAGGCUACGGCUACCAAAAACCGAAAAAGACACACAAGCACAUUUCGGAGUCAAUGAAAGAGAAACGCCGCCUAUCUCACCAGUCUAGCAGCUUCGAGGAGGAGACCAAAAGCUCCAGCAACAUCUACAAAGGUUCUGCGGAGGAAGGAGAGGAGGGGGGCCUGGGGGGCCUGCGCCGCUUCAAGACCAUUGAGCUCAACAACACCAACAGCUACAGCCAUGACAUGGAGCUCAACAAUGAAAAUGACCUCAGCUUGGACCGGGAGCCCGAGCUGGAGAUGGAGAGCCUGACGGGAUCUCCAGAGGAGCGCUCCAGGGGAGAGUACUCCUCCACCCUGCCACCCACCACCUCCAGCUAUACCUCUGGCACCUCACCCACCUCCAUCUCCUCCAUGGAGGACGACAGCGACAGCAGCCCCAGCCGCAGACAGAGACUGGAGGAUGCCAAGCAGCAGAGGAAGGCCCGGCACCGCUCCCAUGGCCCCCUGCUGCCCACCAUCGAGGACUCCUCUGAGGAGGAUGAGCUGAGGGAGGAGGAGGAGCUGCUGCGGGAGCAGGAGAAGAUGAGGGACCUGGAGCAACAGAGGAUCCGCAGCACGGCCAGGAAGACCAAAAGAGACAAAGAGGAGCUGAGGGCCCAGAGACGCAGGGAGAGGUCCAAGACGCCCCCCAGCAACCUCUCCCCCAUCGAGGAUGCCUCCCCUACUGAGGAGCUGCGACAGGCUGCAGAGAUGGAGGAGCUCCACCGAUCCUCUGCCUCGGAAUACUCCCCCCAGAGCCUUGACUCAGAGGUUGAGGGAUAUGAGUCUAAACUCUACAAGUCUGGCAGCGAAUAUAACCUACCUACAUUCAUGUCUCUGUAUUCUCCCACCGAGAAAUCAUCGACAACCAUGACGACCACUGCUCCCUCCAGCAGCAAGCCCCUGAAGAGUGCUGAGGAGGUGUACGAGGAAAUGAUGAGGAAAGCUGAGUUGCUGCAGAAACAACAGAAACCGCAGCAGCAACAUAAACAACAGAAACAGCAGCAGCAACAAGGGAGACACAACAGUGCAUAUGAGGAUGACACAAAUGGUCAACAGUAUGAAGAUGAGUACGCGUACAAGCAGGCAGAGACUGGUUAUGAAAAAGAGGCAGCAGAGACGGGAGACAUCUACGAAGAGAUCUGCCAGACCUCCCAGAACAUCACUAAGAUGCACCAGUCCUCCACCCUGGAGUUACAGCAGCAGGUGGAAAUAGACAACAGUACCUAUCCAGAUAAGCAGCUUUUAGAUACUGGGUCAGCAUUCGCUAAGCUGCUUGAGCAGACCAAUGACCUAUUGACUCCUGGCACCAGCCCCACUCAGCUCUCUGCACCUGUGUCCUUCUCUGAGACCGGAGGAAGGAUCCCUGAUGUACGGGUGACACAACACUACUCAAAAGGGAUGAAGAGCCAGAUGGGUAAAAAUGGCAUCACUCCAGUGGCGGCCGCCACCACAUUAGCCGCCUACGGGGUUUAUUCCCGGGAUGCAGUGACCAUCUCCCAGACCAGCGUUAGUCAAACGAUGACGACCAUCCAAUCCACCAUGUAUGGUCGGCAAACUGGAGGUCCCACCACUUCAACCACAACCAUCUCAAAUGUGUGCAGCAAGAUAGCAGAGAUAACACAGGCAUACAGCCAGAGACAGGUGGUUGCGCGGAGCGUGGGGGAGAACCGAGGGGUCCAAGUCAGAGACAGUGCAACAUCUUCAGAGCACGUCAUUGAGCCCCGCUCGCCAAAGAUAUACUCGUACUACAAGAGCUCCAGCCCCCCUCUGUCCCCCUCCACCUCGCCCACUGAAAGCCUAAGUAAAUCCCCCUCCAGGAGGGUCGAGAUCUCCACCCAGACGUUCAGCCCAGGCAUAGGGGCUCCGUCGGCUGGCUCAGGGCCCACCUCCCCAGUGAUGGUCCAGGGUACCCAGACAACUCACAGAGUCAUAUCCCCACGUCUUUUCAGACAGCAAUCCUCCCAGGACGCCCCCUACAUGGACGCCGAGCACACAAGCCCUGCCAAACCAAUGACGGUCAACACGGCCACCUCACCUUUAUCCUCGCCCACCAGAUUCAGCCGACAGUUGACAUUUGACGGCUACUCUCCACAAGCCAGUCCGCCAGACACCCCUCCAUACCACCAGUCUCCUCACCGCAGCUUCUAUAGGACGCAGAAGUUGGAGAAGGUCAAUGUUGGCACCAGCAUGGUCACCACAGCUAGCACCUACAGCCGUGGUUCGAUAUCUAUGGACAGCAUCUCGCUCUGCAGAAUCUCCACCGUCCCAGGGACCUCGAGAGUGGAGCAAGGCAAGAUGAUCCAUGGUGGGAGCGUGGUGGAUCUGAGAACAGUGGAUCUGAGAACAGCCACUAUACCAGCUCCCAUCAUCAUGACUGACCACGGCAUGGAUCUUACCUCCCUGGCCACAGAAACACGCAAAUACACCAGUGGGCACGAGGGGAGCCACCCCUCUACCAUCAUCCAGCCUCUCAUCAUGAACCUGAACACCCAGCAGCACCCCCAAGUGAUGGUAUCAACCGUAACCACUGUGAGCGUCACAGUGGCCGGCUCCAUGUUCAUAUCACAGCCCCAACAGCCCAUGGUCUACGGGGACCCUUUACAAAACAGAGUGGACCUGGGUCAGGGUCUGGGCUCAGCCAUGUGCCUGUCACAGAACAAACCACCACCCACUGACCCGUCCAUCCCCAAGAUUGACGCCAAGUUGGAGGACCUGAGCAUCCAGCAGCAGCAGCUGAUGGAGCAGCAGCAGAAGCUUCAACAGCAGCAGCAGCUCUUGGAGCAGCAGCUCCAGCAACACCAUCAGAUGCAGCAGCAGUCCUCCUUAGCUCGGUACAACCUACCAGGCCAGAUGACUCUGCUCAAGAAGGACCUUCUGGUCAGCCAAACCAGCAACUCCCCAGCUGUGGUCAGCGCUAUAUCCUCCACCAUCGCCCCUGACAUCUACAGCACUGGAGGUCCCCUGGAGCUGAAGAGCAAACCAACCCCAGCAGGUGUGAUGAACCUGGCAGGCGGUGGACCUCAUGGCAUGAUGGUCCAGAUGGAUGGAGCCCCACAGGGAGGACCAGUGACCCAGCUGGUGAAGACAGAAGAGGGCCAGGAUGCCGUGGACCUGACAGGGGGGCAGAUCAAAGCUGAGAACCAACCGGCCUGCUGUGACGUAGUGUACCGCCUCCCAUUCGGAGGUAGCUGUGUUGGUGGUCCGUUCUCCCAGAAGCAAAAUGUUGAUGAGAAAGUGGCCACUCAAGAGCCAAGUCCACCCUCUGCACCACCACUCUCCUACGAGUCAGACCAGGAGGGCCAGUAUCAGGAGUUUUCUGUGGAUGGGCGUAAAGCCUACACACUACCGUUCCCUGGGCGGCUACCGCCCUCGAUGUCUGACACCAACCUAGCAGAGGCCGGACUCCAGUCCUACCACUUCAAGAUGGACCCACACAUCCAGGUCUCUAAAGAGCUGGCCGUGGACCUCAGCACCAUGAAACAUGGCUAUGAGGGAGGCUUCCUGGGACUGGGCAUGCAGUACGGCUCCUACACUGACCUUCGCCAUGGGGGUGACCUCACAGCUACUUCCCUGCCCAUACGCAGAUUCAACUCCCUGUCAAACAUCAGCUCAGACUACGGCUACUCGCCCCGAGACCUCGCUAACUUCCAGGAGUCCAACCUGGCCCAGUACAGUGCCACCACCGCCAGAGAGAUCAGCCGAAUGUGCGCUGCCCUCAACUUAAUGGACCGUUAUGGGAGCAACCCGGAGCUUGUGCAGUACGGCGUAGGAAGAGGAACUGGUCCAGGUGGCAGGCUUAACUCUAUGAGACAAAAUAUGCUCUACGGACCUGACGGGAAGCCAAUCUCUCAAACCCAAGCGCUCACCAACAUGAUCAAUGCCAGGCAAGCCAGCCUCCGAGCCAUGUACCCGUCUGCCAUGAGGUCUGCUGAUGGAAUGACCUACUCCACCGUCAACACGCCCAUCGCAUCCACCUUGCCAAUCACUUCCCAGCCUGCCUCAGUGCUGCGCCCGCUACUGAGGGGAGUGUACAGACCUUUACCCACAGCCAACAUGACACCCGUGCCUCUGGCCAGCCUCACCAGGAUGCCUGUGAACCCAAGGAUGCCUAUAUCUGGGCAGGCUCCAUACCGUCAUCCGGCUCCCAACAUCUUCCCAUUCACCACUUCGGCCUCUGUGAGAAUGCCUGCCGCUAUCAACACCACCCAGGAUGCCCCGCUCUACCUAGGGAAGCCCUCUGUGAAAUCAGGUGCAUCUGAUCCAUCGUCUCAACCUCUCUUUGCCCAUACAUCAGCCCCGGUCAGCUUGUCAAUGGCGCCCCAGCAGCAACCCAUGAACCUGACCCAGGCUCACCUCCACACUCAGGCCCUAGGGCAGCCCCAGGUCCAGCCUCAGAACCAACCCCCAGCCCAGCCCCAGCACAUGCAACCUCAAUCCCAUCCUCAGGGCCAGCUCCCACCCCAGAGCCAGCCCCCUCCAGCCCACACUUACCCUCCGACACAAAGCUACACUGGGCCCCAGAGCAACACCCAGCCCCCUCCGCCUGGCCCACCCUCCAGCGGCCCCGUCAACCCUGCGACGGAGACGGAGGAGAGGAUACACCGCCAGCAUGAGCAGCUGCUGCAAAUGGAGCGGGAGCGUGUGGAGCUGGAGAAGCUGCGUCAGCUACGUCUGCAGGAGGAGCUGGAGAGGGAGCGCAUGGAGCUGCAGCGGCACCGCGAGAAGGAGCAGAUGCUGGUGCACAGGGAGAUCCAGGAGCUGCAGACAAUCAAGGAGCAGGUCCUGCAGCAGCAGCAGGUUGAGAGGGAGAACCAGCUGGUGAUGCAGAAGGAGCAGUUGGCCCAGCAGAAAGCCCAGCUCGACCAGAUACAGUCGCUGCAGCAGCAGCUUCAGCAGCAGCUCGAGGAGCAGAAGAGGCAGAAGACUGCUGCAGCUGCUGCUGCUGCAGCCGCCGCAGCCGCUCAGGUGGACCAGAACGGCCAGACCCUGCUGCCCAAUGGAAACCAAGUGGGCUUCAUUUCCCUGCCCAACUCCUCCUCGGACAUGUGUCUAAGGAACAACGAGGAGCAUAUAGAGACCAGAACCAACAUGAGGAGGCAGAACUCCACCUCCAUGCCCCGGCUGAGGGAUGGAAUGGAGGGCGAGAGCGUCCAGUUCUAUGGAGCGCGGAGGAUCGUGGACAGCUGCGUCCAGACAGACGAAGAGGAUGGCGAGGAGAGGUACAUCAUGUCCCGGCGCAGACGCAACAGGCGCAGUGUAGACUGCAGCGUUCAAACCGACGAUGAUGAGGAGAAAGUGGAGUGGGAGCAGCCCGUGAGGCGCAGGCGCUCUCGCUUCUCUAAGCACUCGGAUCCCGGGGCCGAAAACAAGACAGACACAGCCUCCAAGACAGCCGCCUCAUCCAGCAUUGCCAUCCAGACCAUCCGAGAAGGCUCCUGCCAGACUGAAACAGACCAGCUGUGGAAGGUGUCCCCGGCCAUCCACGUCACCGUGCCAGACCCGAACAAAGUCGAGAUCGUCCACUACAUCUCAGGCCCUGAGAGGACCCAGAAGGGCCAAAGCCUAGCCUGCCAAACAGACGUUGAGGCCCAGUCUCAGGGCGUGGUGGUGCCGCAACUCAGCGUGCCCACCACCAUCAGCCCCUACUCCACGAGCAUCCAGCUGGUGGGGUCUGCCGACCCGCGCCAGCAGCAGAACAGGAGGAGGCCGGACCCCCUGGAGAUCAGCUACCAGACCCAGCCCAUGAACCACCUCCAUAAUGAGUCCCUCUCCAGCCUGAUCCGUCAGCCCCCCAAGUCCCCCCAGGUGCUCUACUCCCCUGUUUCCCCAGUCUCCCCCCACCACCUGCUGGAGACCUCCCUCUCCAGCGGCGGGCUGAACAAGGCCCACGUCACCCCCCAGCAGAAGGCAUACACGGUCGAGUCGCCCCAACGCCACCCCAGCAUGCCCCGGCCCAUUAAGAACACACAGAGGUCCAUGUCGGACCCCAAGCCCCUAAGCCCAACUACAGAUGAGCACACCAAGGCCAGGCUAAACCUGUACCAGCAGCAAGCUCUUCAGAGCCAGCUGGCCGCCCUGCAGCAGAGCGCCCUGAGGAAGGUGAAGAGGACCCUGCCCAGCCCCCCUCCAGAGGAAAGCCACCUCCCUAUCGUCACCCCGGCCCUCCCUCAGAUGUACAUGCCCUCCAUGCCCUCCCUGAGGGCCGGGACCAGGCCAGGUCUGGCAGCCAAAGCCAGCCUGCUGAAGGACCUCACCCACGAGCUGAAGGCCGUGGAGCAGGAGUCCACCAAGCUCCGCAAGCAGCAGCAGGAGCUGGAGGAGGAGGAGAAGGAGAUUGAUGCCAAGCUGCGCUACCUGGAGCUGGGCAUCCAUCAGCGCAAGGAGACCCUGGUGAAGGAGAGGGAGAGGAGGGAUAUGGCCUAUCUGCGCUGCAUGGGCGACCCACGAGACUACAUGUCAGACAGCGAGCUGAAUAACCUGCGGCUGGCGGCCGCUGUAGCUUCCUACGAGAGCAACGGGGUGCUGACCAGACCCAGCACAGCACCACUGAGCCAGUUCACCAGCGACUUCAACACAGCCGCCCAGUUUCCUCCCACCUCCUCCUUCGUCUCCUAUCAGUCCUAUCACACCCAGAGCCAGCCAGCUCCAGCUCCCCAGCCCGGCACCCCUUACCAGACUGCAGCCUUCAACCAGCCCCCCUACCCUUCAGUGUCCCAGGCAGCAGCUCUCCCCCAGCCCACCCCCCUGCAGACCCAACAUCCUCCCCCAUCCUACCAGAUCCAGUCCUUCUCCUCCCACACAUUCCCCCAGAGCCAUCCCCCCUACCCGACAGAGCAGGGUGUGCACCCACUGCCUCAGCAACAGCAACAGCCUAGCCACCAGGGAUUCCAGCAUGCCCAGCCUGGCCAACCUCCGUACCCCACCCACACCUCUCCAUACCCCAGCCAGGUGUCCUACCCAGCUGGCCCUGGGCAGAUCACUCCCUACCAGCCCCAGGCAGACAUCCUCACUGUCCACCAGAGACCGAGACAGACAUCGCUGGCUGACCUGGAGCACAAGAUGCCCGCUAAUUAUGAGGUCAUAAGCAACCCCACUGUAGGGGUGACCACCACGGCUCAAGACACCAUUUACUCCUCCUCCAGUGGGGCACCCCCAUACGGACAGUAUACUGGUGGUACCACCAUGGUCAACAAUUAUGGGCCGUACUCUACGGCAGUCUCCAGUACAUAUGGCCAGUACACCACAACAGUAUCCAACACAUACGGGCAGCAGUACACUUCCACCCCGGCCAGUACAUACGGCCAGUAUACCACCACCACAGCUAACACCUAUGGCUACACCACCACUACAGCCAGCUCCUACGGCCAGUAUACUGCAACAGUGGCCAACAGCUACGGCCACAUCACUCCAUCUGACCGUCUGCACUCGGUUGACAGCCCCUCUACCUACGCACAGGACGGUCUCUACGGCCCCGCAAGCCUGGAGCAGAAUGUCCCAAGGAACUACGUCAUGUGUGAUGACAUCAGCGAGCUGACCAAGGAGGGCCUGGGAGGCACAGCAGACAUGCACCGGAGCGACGGCCAAGGUGGACGCUACGCAGUGGAGAGCGGUCCGGCGAGAGGAGGGAGCUCCUACGGCAGGCCGGAGGAUGAGCUGACCAGGGAAGAAGACCUGUACGACCACCAUGGCAGGGCCUACCAUCUUGGCCAGGAGGAGACGGACUGGUUUGAGAAGCCCAGGGACCUGCGCUCUAGCUCCCGCCACUAUGGCAGUGGUGGCCACUCCUCGUCCGGCCGUAGCCGCCACGUCAAGCACACCUACCAGGACUAUGACGAGCCCCCAGAGGAGGACCUGUGGCCCCAGGACGAGUACGGCCACACCCGCCAAUCUUCCUCUUCGCGGGACCAUCGCCACCACGGCAGCAGCAGCUCCGGGAGACACUCCGCCUCGUCCCGCCAUUCGGACGAACCGCGCUCCUCGCGCUCCUCCAAGGGCCACCCCAAAGAUCCGUCCAUGCGCCAUGACUCCCGCCAGAUGUCCUCGUCAGGAAAGAGGGGUGAAUCCCGCUCCCAGGGGGGGUAUCACUCAUCGGACUACUCCAGGGACCCGUCGGGCCACCACCACAGCCAGGGCCGCUCCUCCAAGUCCUCAUCCUCCCAUGAUGGGCGGACUUCCUCCAGGAAGCAGCAAGACCUCCAGGGUCACCCUCCCUCCUCCUCCAGGGGCCAGGGCAGCUCUGGCCGUGGGCAGGGAUCCGCCGGUGGGCCCCCAGGCUCCAGGGGACAGGGUCAUACCUCCCAGCAGGAUGGGCUGCAUCAAGGCCAGCGCACCCAGCUGCAGCAGCAGCCCCAGACCUUGGCGGCACGACAGACAGGCACCACCCCUGGGGGCACCACCCCUGGUGGCACCACCCCUGGGGGCCAGCAGCCUCUGGGCCUGGCCCAAGCCCAACAGGGUCUACAGGCCAAGCCUGGUCAGCUUGGUCCUGGUCAGCCCGGUCGCCAGCCACAGGCAGGAGGCCCAUUGGGGCAACUGCCACCAACUGCGCAGGCACCUGUCGCAAACACACCCCCUGUGACUGCCAUAGGGGCCAAAGCUGUCAUAGGAGGAGCAGCCCAACCUGCAAAAACACCUCAACCCCCACUCACAGGAAUAGGCUCCAAGGCCAGCCCUAGACCCGGUGGCAUCGGGAGCGCAGCAGCGGGUCAACCGGGGAUGGAGGGGGAUAGUCUCCUCUCUAAAGUCCUGCCAGCAAACCCUGCAGAGGCGGCAGGAAAACUAGGAGAAGCGAUCUCCGGUUUCGGCAAGAAGUUCACCUCGUUGUGGUGAGGUGUUGAGAUGAAGAUCGUUUUGAGGCCACCUGGCUGCAAUGCCCACAGCCAAAGAACCAGGCCCCUGACACCCCGGGACCCCCAGAACACCCUAGGGCUGCAGUCUGCACUGAGGUCACAAGCCCUGAGGACCCUUCCAGAGAGAGGCUAGCUGGAUAGAGUGCCUCGUCCCCCGGGUCUCUGCCACUGUCUGGGUUUUCAGCACCACCUUUCAAUCAGCCAUUAUCCUUUGGGGAAUGGGCUCUAUACUAAGGAAUACUCCAUCCAGCUGCUCUGUAGGAGGAUGGGAGGGAGCCACAAUAUUGUGACACCCCAACACACUGAUGAUGCUAUCCUCUAGUCCAGUGGUUCCCAACCUUUUUUGGUAACUGAGUUUAGAUCUGCCCGGAACACCCUUGAAGUACUCCCUCGUGUGUAUUUUACCAGUAGUCCUAUUAUCUCAUGAGUCUUCUCAAGUAUUGAUAAAGCCAAAUACCCCCAGGGGUCCUAGUACACCUGGUUGGGAACCACUGCUCUAGUAUGUGGGCUGUUGUGCUGUUGUCUGCUGGGGGGCGUAACACAUCCCAGGGGGCGUGGCCAUAGUGGCAUGGUAGGAUCCUUGAUUCCAUAAGCCUGUGCUCAGACACUCUCCUUUCAUCUCCGAAAAAGAAAAGAACACUGAAGCGCUUCGUAGGUUUUUCUGGUACUAAAGACUUGCUGUUUCAUUUGGAUGCUGAUAACAAUUUAGGGAAGAAGAAGAAAAAGAAAAAGAAGAAGAAGAUGAAAGAAGAAGAUGAAAAAAAAGAAGAAGAAGAAGAAUAAGAAAGAAGAAGAAGAAAAAAUGAAAAAAAGAAGAAGAAGAAGAAGAAGAAGAAAGAAAAAAAUACAUAAUAUGGAUGACUAGGAUGACAGAAGCUAGCAUGACAACUUCACAGUCUGUUCUGUUCUUAUCUCUACAUUCCAGAAUGGAAAAAGGCUCUGUUUUUUAUGCUGACUCAUUCUUUUUUUUUUUUUUUAUGUGUCUAAGAAGUGUAUAGUGGAUUUAGGAUUUUGAAUGCAUGGAACUUUAUAUCCAAGACCUUACACUGUUCACCAUUUCAAUCACAGAGGCCAUAAGACACUGGUUAAUAAUAAUAAUACUAAUAAAAAAAGCUCAGUAAGAUUUCUCCAAAAGACGACAAGGUGGAGACAACACUGAAUCUGGCCAUAGAAUGGGAGACUCAUCAUUUGGGAGGUUUUGGUUGCACCAUGAGAGCCAAAUGUGGCCAGGUUAGUUUUUUGGCCAUUGCAAAGCCAUUAAUAAGAACAAAAACAUCCCAGAACGUUUGGGUUCAAAGUGUUUCUGAACCUUCCCACAACGUUUCCAUUGGAUUUUGUUCUCGCUAUGUAUUUGCCAGAUUUUCUGUUAUAUGAUAGCGGAUUCGCCUUAAUCAUUCCAUUAUUUUUUAUUUAGAGUAAAGUGACAUAUCUUAUUUUUUUUACUCCAUGUUCUGUCCAUAAAGCUUAUUUUCAUUGCAAACGUUUUUUAUGUAAUAAUGAUGUCAGCUGGAACACUGGCUAUGAGAUUAAUUUAUAUUUUUGGAUUUUGUUUCACUUUUAGGUUUGAAAUGAUUUAUAUUAUUUAUUUUUUCAUACAUGUUUAUGGUUGCCAUAAUAAUUUAUUACGUUAUUUAUUUAUUCAUUUAUUAUUAAUAAUAGUGAAAACGCAAUAGUAUGUGGAAGGAAGUCAGUAAAGAGCACAGUCUUGUGUCAUUUAAAAAAAUCAGUGGUCAGGAAUGUGUGCCUCUGUCUGUAUAUCUGAGUUGUGCAAUUUUCUGCUAUCACAUCUUAACAGGGCCACACCUGGGUCAGAUUCACUAGGUACCAAACCGAAGAAACAACGGACUGAAACAGGGAGGGACUACCUGAAAUUGUCCAAUAAGAAACCCUCAUUUUCAUUUUCUGUCGUAAAACGUUUUGCUACGGUGUGCUCUAAUGAAUACGACCCUGGAAAUCCAUUCUUGUAGUUUGGUACUGCCCAGACAAGGCACAUAAUAUCUGCCCAUUUUGAUAUAUGAGCACUGCAAGACAGCAGAGAGGCACUGAAUACAAACCAGUGCAAAUCACCAUUGAAUCUGACUUGAAUACUUUAGCAUUCUUUUGUUGACGGUCAUCAUCAUCAAUGGGUUUUCAUGUUUUUUGGCUUACUUCAAAUGUUUUACAUCCAAAAGAACACAAACGGGAAAAGAGAUAAUCCUUACUGACAAGUAGUACAUAUAGGCUGUGUUUCAAAUAGACUGAGGAUGACACACUGGAGACACCUAGUCUGCACACACUCACAUGUGGCUGUAUGAGUUCUGUGCAAGUUAAAGGUGUUUGGAGCAUUAGACGCUGAAGGGUCAAAGAUACAGCACUUGGUUCAGUCACAGACAGUUAUUUGCCUUUGUUUUUGCGACCAAACUGCAAACCCCAAGAUGUUGACAGUUGUCACAGAAACCUCUCAGGUCAGUGUUCUUCCUGCUGUUCUUUGCAGUGCAGCGUGGAUAGUAGUUGGACUGGUCAGGUGGGACUGGUCAGGCAGAGGCCUACUAAUGGGAACCCUAAACCUGAUGUAUAUUGUCUCUCUCUCUCUGUGGACGCUGGGAUCAAGCAUGCUCUGGCAAAACCUCAGUAACAGUCACUUCUGUAUCGUUACGUUCCUGAUGUCUGUAUGUAUGUGUAUGUUUCUCAUCAUCAUAUUACAAAACUACAAAACAAAACAAUAUUUGACAAAUAAAACCCAAGUGUGUGGUCGAUAGCAAUUUUUCAAUUCCAAACGUUCUAUGCAAUGAAUCAUAUUUAGGGAAAAUACUAAGGAAGAAAGAAACACAACUGAAUACCACUAUUGUUGUCAUGCCUGAGAAAAAUACUCCUUUAUUGUAGCAUUCCUGCUAGAAAAACUAAUUGGCUGGUUUGUAUAUAGCUACAAUACUUUUACGUCAGGAAAUUGAUUAAAUGUUUUUAUUUUUUGCAUGUUUGAGUCCCCUCACUGAAAAUUGGGACCCAGUUUGUGCAUUUGUUAUUUCAUAGAAGAGAAUAAAGCUGCUGAAGAAUUAAGCCAAUUCUAUGAAGAGAUUAAAUAUAUAUAUAUAUAUAUAUAUAUAUAUAUAUAUAUAUAAAAAAUAUAC